AUGGACCACCCUAGCACACCAUCGGAUUCAGGCGCGGCGGCGGCGCCGGCGGCGUUGAGAGUGGCGGCGGGGCGGAAGGGCAAGGUCGGCAGCACGCGGGCCUCUUCCUCCAUUGGUCGUGGAUCCAGCAGGGCAGCUGGCCUCUUCCCCGUUGGAGGCAGAUCCGGCUCGGCGGCCAGCCUCCUCCCCUUUGGUCGCGGAUCCAGCCCACCGGCCGGCCUCCGUCCCUUUGGCCGCGGAUCCAUGGCUGCAUCCGGCGCGGCCGAAUCCUCCCCUAUCGGAUUUCCGUUCCCUCCAUCGCCACCUGCCGGCGCUAGUCCAGGGUCUUCCUCAGUUCGGCAUUCAGAUGCAACAUGGGAUAAAGACACACAAGGUGGUUUCAUGAGGUACUUUGGCAAUCAGCCACAUAAUUUUCAUUUGGUUGGUACACCUUCUCACAAUAGCCAUGUCAAUAUAUCUAUUCCUGAAACCAAUGGAGGAAGUUCUCCCUCAGAGGUGGAAUUCUUAUCAGAGCAGCUACAUGUUCUAGUUAAUGAUGAGAACGAAAUGGUUAGGACUGAGAAGCGGAUUAUGUGGACACCACAAGAAGAUGAAAGAUUGAUGAGUGCUUGGAUUGAAAAUUCAAUGGACUCAACCACUGGAGCCGAUAGGAAGGGCGAAGCAUAUUGGGGUGAUGUUAUCAAGGCAUACAACAAGGAGACCCCGCCGCAAAGGAAAAGGAAUGCAAAGCAAGCCAAGGAUCGUUGGCACAAGAUUAAUAGGUGGUGUGACCUCUUUGAAUCUGAGUAUUUGAAGGCUCGUAGGGUGUUCACAAGUGGCUACUCCGAUGAGAUGUGGAUGGAUACAGCCGAGAAGUUCUAUUUGGAUCACAAGCUUGGACCCUUUGUGAUUAAGAAUUGGAAAACAUACAACGAAGAGCUGAAGAACGCUCGUAAAAGGAAGUCAUAUCACCUCGAAGAAGAUGUGGAAAAUGUUGACAGUGAAGAUGAGAUGCCAAAGCGACCAAUGGGACAAAAGGCAGCUAAAAAGUCCGCUCUUGCUGCAAAAGGCAAGUCAAAGGCAAUGGGUGAUGAUGGAAAAUCAGAGGAAUCCGCAAAUCAUGUGGAAAAGCUUGAUAAAUUGAGCAAGAUCCAAGAAGAAGUUAAUGCAAACCGCAUGAAGGUGCUAGAGAUGCAGCAAAAGUUGUCUUCCGAUAAGAUUGAGACCACAAGGCUUACCCAUUUAACAGCACAGGAGAACAGAGAGUCCAAGAAACUUGAGAUGGAGGGGAGGAGGCUUGAGAUGGAAUCAAAGAAGCUUGAGAUGGAGGGGAAGAAGCUUGAGAAAGAAUCAAAGAUGAUGGAUGCAUAUAACAACCUCAUCUCACAAGAUACAAGUUCAAUGACAGACGACGAAAAGUCUGAGCGACUUGCUGCCAUGAAGUGUUUAAGGAAGAUGCUUUUUCCUGAAAUUAUCUAA